GCUGAUAGAAGUUUGAGAAUACAGCUAUACAAGAUGGCCAAAAUGAUAGCCGCUGUCAUUGUCUGCGUGUUGGUUUUAGCCCUGGAUAUCACUGCUGGCAUACUAGGACUUCAGGCACAGGCUGCACAAAAUAAGACUAAAAAGGUGACAGUGCUCUUCAUCCAAUGUGAGAAACCGGUGUAUAAAGCAUACCAGCUAGGGCUCGCGGCAGCAGUGUUCCUGGUAGUUGCUCAUGCAGUGGCCAACUUUCUCGGCGGCUGUGCCUGCAUCUGCUCUCAGCUGGAGUUUAUCCGGGCAUCCAUCAACAGGAAACUCGCAGCAACUCUUAUAAUUCUCUCAUGGAUCGCUCUCAUCGUUGGGUUCUCGUUGCUGCUUGCUGGGGCCAUGUCCAAUUCCAAGUCGAAGACAUCGUGCGGGUUCGUGCACGGCAAGACCCUGGGCCUCGGAGGGAUCAUGUGCUUUGUCCAUGCGGGGAUCACAAUCGCCUACUACGUCACCGCCACAGCAGCAGCACACGAAAUUCGUUAGGCCAGUAGGCAUUGUGCGCCAUGCUUUUGGCCAGUGAAAUUAUACAGUCUGAUACUUUCUCCCAGGAGAUGACCAUUCUUUUCUUGCUUGCUUUUCUUGUUCCGUAUCUUUCAGUUUGUGGUUCGUCCUUUCACCUUUAUAUACAACUCAUGGAAGCAUCAGGCUCCGACUUGUAUCAAAGUUGCACAAAAAGGAAUAUGAUUAUCGUUUGAUUGAUUCA